AUGGAGAGGGUAAUCUUAGAGAGCAAAUAUAGAUUAAUCUAAUUCACUGGGUCAUCUAAAGUUGCAGAAAAAUUAAGUAAAUUGACACAUGGAAAAGUUAAAAUCGAAGACGCGGGUUUUGACUGGAAAUUAUAAGGUCCUGAUGUCUCAAAUAUAGACUAUGUAGCCUGGCAAUGUGAUUAAGAUGCAUAUGCUGCUACUGGUUAAAAAUGUUCGGCUUAAAGUAUCCUAUAUUGCCAUUAAAAUUGGAUAAAAAACGGUUUUUUGGAUAAACUAAAGGCUCUACAAAGCCGAAGAAAGCUUUCAGAUUUAACCAUAGGACCUGUUUUGACUUGGAAUAACCAAUAAAUAUAACAUCAUGUUGAUUAAUUAUUAAAACUAGAAGGCGCAAAGUUACUUUUUGGAGAAUAUAAAGAUGACAACGAACUAAACGAAGUACUCUAACAUUUCAAUUAAAUGGAAAAUCAUCUUACUGCAGCCGUAGUUUCUAAUGAUAUGGUUUUUAUUAAUAAAAUUGCCUCAAAUACUAUCAAUGGAGUCACUUAUACGGGAAUUAGGGCUAGGACUACUGGAGCACCCUAAAAUCAUUGGUUCGGACCUUGUGGAGAUCCGAGAGGGGCUGGUAUUGGAACUAAAGAAGCCAUUUUGCAUGUUUGGACUACUCACAGGGAAGUUAUUUAAGAUAUUGCUAUUGAAGAUGGAUGGAAAACGCCUGAUUGUUCGUGA